UUCACAGCACGCACGCACGCUCGACACGAGAAACACGCGCGCACACCACACUCGCACCGAAAACUUUUUCCGCGCAAGCGGCCCGAAACCAAUUAAAAGUAGCGGGUAGCGUAGCGCGCGCGCGCUCGCCGCGUGUAAACAACAGGUGACUGUAUUCUGCAAACGCCGGCGCCGAUGCUCACCGACCGCGGAUUGAGACGUGCAAAACUGUGUGACAUGCUUGACACUAGCGGCAAGCCGCCCGCGACACCCGCGGGCAAGAAGGCGAUGAAGCGUAAGGCUAGCGCCGGCAUCGGCCGUCGAUCCGAGCAGAACAAUAACGUCAAGCGGGCGCACUUGUCAAUCGAUAGCAGAGAUGAGAUGUUUGCUGCCUAUCAACCGUGGGUCAUCCAGACGUACGGCGAUCUCGCCAAGACCAAAACCAUCACGCUGAAGAAGUACGCGCGAAUAUUGCGCACGCUGCGCGGUGACGAGAUUAUCAGCGCUGACAACAGCAAGUUUCGCUUCUGGGUGAAGGCGAAAGGCUUUCACAUCGGCCGGCCGGCGGGAUACGAGGCCAGGCCGGCGGACGCUAUCGUCGGACGAUAUAGCGUUUGCGAUGCCGACCGAUGCAUUCCGCCCGUCAGUGAGAAACUGCAAGGAUCAGCCAAGGAUCCACCACUUUACGUACCAAACGCACCGUUUAAGAAUUCAAAUGGCGAAGCAGUGCAUCGAAAGGUGGCGAUGGUCGAGAAUUUUUUCGAUAUUAUUUACAAUGUACACGUGGAGUUGGAGGGACGACCCGGGAAACACGCCGGACAAAAGCGUACCUACCGAACGAUAACGGAGACGUACGCGUUCCUGCCGCGGGAAGCCGUCACUCGCUUCCUCUUGGGUUGCACCGAAUGUCAGAAGCAUCCACGCUCCCCGUCGCCCGUCUCGGUGCUGCCGACGCCGAGUCCGAGUCCCACCCUGCCGCUGAUAGCGGCGCCGACUGCGUCGCCCGCCGCCACUGCCUCUGCCACAGCAUUACCUUCGUUGCCUCACGCCACCCCGGCGCCCGCGCCGGACGCAGAGCCCUCACACACGCCCGUGCCUCACCGAACCGCCACCCCAGUCGACUUAUCCCACCCGGCGGCCUUAUCUACGCCAAAGGAGAACGAUGCUGCCGUCACCCCGCCCCCGCCGCACCACCAGCAGCUGCAGCGGCAACAAAAUGGGGAAAUAUCUCAAAGUCACAGCAAAACCGUCGAACCAUUAACAAAGAGCCGAACCCUUGAACCGAAGCGAUCGAGCAAUCCGUUGGACGUUUGCAAUCUACUGACGUCCGCGGAUCCGCCGCCACCGUCAAAGACGCCGCCGAAAAAGCGACAUCUCAAUCAUUUAUCAGAUCAGCAGCCGGCGCGCCGCAACGGAGAUGCAAUCACAUCCACCCCUAAACUUUGGUCGCCAGUGGAGAGCAUAGAACGCGAGCGCAGCGAGAACCAUCGGCGGCUGGGAUUUAUGGCCGGCGGGAUUGACUAUUCGAUGCCCAUCACCACCACCUACUUGAAAUACAUGCGCAGUCUUGGCUGCACCGACGAGGACGCGCUCAAGCUCGAGAACAAGAACGAAAGCUUGUCAACUCCGGAGUCCUCUGAAAAUAACGAAGAGGACCAUUUUGGAGGAACCGGCAUUAUGAAAGAUUCCGACAAAUUCAAGUUGAUGCUCUUGGCAUGGAACUACCACAAUCAAGCACAAGGUGGAAACAAUAGAAAUGGCACCGGAGAAGUUCCAGACUUGUCGAGCUUAGCCGGAAGUGAAGAAAUGGCGGGGUUGUGGGCACAAUAUCACGCUUUAGGACUCGCCAAAGGUGGCAAGGCAACUCCACCAGCACCCAGAGACCAAUCUAGUCCAGUCAACGCUGAAACCGGGUCCGCACACGACGAGACGAGUUCAAGCGGCAACAAGGAGGACGAGGAUGACGACGACGACGAGAGCGACGAUAAGAUCGACACACAAACGCACGACCCAGAAAGAUUGAAGGCCUUCAAUAUGUUCGUGCGGUUGUUUGUCGACGAAAAUCUGGAUCGCAUGGUGCCGAUCAGCAAGCAACCGAAGGAAAAGAUACAGGCCAUCAUCGAUUCCUGCACACGGCAGUUCCCCGAGUUCGCCGAGCGUGCCCGCAAACGCAUCCGCACCUAUCUAAAGUCCUGCAGGAGGAACAAACGUGCGCGGGAUCCGAACUCCGCAUGGGAUGCCACCCGGCCGACACCUGCGCAUCUCACGUCCGUGCAAGCUGAACAAAUCCUAGCGUCCGCCUGCGAGAAUGAGAGCCACAAUGCGAAGCGAAUGCGUCUGGGCUUGGAGCCCGUCAGCCAGCCGAUGCCGCUACCGCCUGGAUCAUCCGCGACCGACACGACGGCGUCAAUUAACCGAGGCUUAGAUUUUAGCACUAGCACACCGGUGAAAUUGGAAACGGAUGCCGUUUCCAGCGUCUUUCCGUCGUCCACCACACCUUCGUCUACACCGAACUCCAUUAGCAAAGGGCUCGCGCUCACGCCAGACAUUAAGUCAGGUUCAUUAAGCGUUUCGAGUGCUUUGGGUUCAAGUCCAAUGAAUGGCAUUGGAAUUGCCAGCACUGCUGGCUCGGCCGCACCGACAGCGAUGUACAGACCAAACUUCUCACAAGCGUUCCAACGGGCAGGACCCUACCCGCUGUUUCCCGGUCAGAGUCCUUUCACUGCAAAUUCCGGAGGACUUCUAACAAAUGGUCCUGCCGAUUUAAGUAUGAAGCAGAAACCUCUGCUUAACCACAAGCUUAGCAGCGGGGAAAUGGCGGCGGUGAGGCAACUGAUAACGGGCUAUCGCGAAUCGGCGGCAUUUCUGCUCCGAUCCGCCGACGAACUGGAGCAGCUGCUUAUACAGCAACAAUAAUUCAUCGUGGACUUUUCGAAAACUAUUUCUUACUUCGACAUGAGCUUGCAUAGUCAUUUGCCAUAAGCGAAUCGUUUAGUAUUGUUAAUUGUUUUUCGAUACGAGUAAUUAGUAAAAGCACUGAUUUAUAAAUGGGACGUAGGAGAGAGGCGUGUGAAAUGCAGUAAUGAGCACAGAUACAAGUGUCUAUUCUAACUACUUACUAAAUUGUGCGAUUGAUUGAGUGUUUUUCGAUUAUUAGCAGGGUUAGCGGAAGGUUGACGGAAGUCGCGUGUACUUCUUCGACUUUUUUCUAAGUAAUUAUAAAUGAAUAAUCAAUAUUCUUUGAAUGUACAAAAGUUUCCUAAACUAAUGAAGAUGAGAAUUAUAACAAAAAUUAUAUAUAUUUAUUUAUAAAUUAUAAAAAUUAGAUGGAGAAAUUGAUAAACCUAAAAAGAUAUUGAAUUUAUUACAGGGGAAAUGUUUAUUAUAUUUGAUAAAAACUCUAAAUGUUGAACGAUUAUAUUAUUUUAAAAAGGCUAAUUAAUAAUAUAAACGGUGUGUACCAAAGAUGCUAAAGAGAAUUUUGUAAAUAUUUUAAAAACUACACUAUAUUAACGAGUAAUACAACUAGUAUUAUUGCAAACAACAAAAUCUUGGAGACUAUAAAGCGAAAUUCAUAACAUGCAAGAUCGCCGACGACUCAUGUGUACAUUUACGUUUUUGUAAACUUACUUACCUAGAGUACAAGUUUGUAUUCUUGACUCGAAUAAUAAACAUUUAUAUCACACUUACUUUUGCAUUUGUCUGCAAUUACUUAAUGACUAAUAUCGAGGCAAAACUACAAAUAACUUUUUGGAGGCAAAUAAUUCUAGCGAUCUGAAAAAAAACAUGUUUCUGUGAUUGUUGAUAAGUGUUGUAGAUAUUUAUAUAUAUUAUCCGCGAGAUGAAGCGAUAUGGAACCACAAGAUUUACAAGUAAUUACUAUUUAUAUUCUUAAUUUCUGUUUCAAUAUAAGUAAACGACAAACACGUUUUGUAUUGGAUUUACGAACGAUCAGUGGAAUUAAUGUAUGUAUAUUUAACAUUCCAAUGUACUUCUCAAUGUAUAUAAACGAUAAUAUUAUUGAUAUUAAAAUAUUAAUAACA